AUGACAGAUCGUUUGACGCAAUUACAAAUAUGUCUUGAUCAAAUGAUGGAACAAUUCUGUGCUACCUUAAAUUAUAUCGACAAGAAUCAUGAUUUUGAACCUAUUGAUGAGCAUGAACCAAAGAUGUCAGAUCGACACGCAACUGUAGCGUCACCAGAGGAAUAUUCCAAUACCAUUGAUGAAUUAUCUACCGAUAUUAUACUCAAGACAAGACAAAUUAAUAAGCUUAUAGAUUCUCUACCUGGUGUAGAUGUAUCAACAGAGGAACAAAUGCAUAAGAUAGAUGUCUUACAGAAGGAAUUGGUAAAAAUUGAAGAUAAAAAAAUUGCAGCUGUCAAGGAGAAAGAAUCAUUACAGAGGGAAGUUAACGAUGUUAUCAAUUGUUUCGUUUCUGGAAUUGCGGAAUCUCGACAAGAAUCAACAACAGAGCAAUAA